UUCAACCUAUUUUGAUGUGGUGUAGUUUCUUUGAGCUUCUAAUUUCAUUUCUUUCGUCUGCCAAAUAAAUGGCCAAACGCGGUAGUGAUCAAUUCAAAUAGUUUUUUAUUGUGUGGUUCAUAGCGAUGGCUGAACAAGUGUUAGAGUGGCUGCUAGCCAACGACCCGUCUAAAGGAACUAGCGACUGGAUUGCUGAUGCUUUACAGACUAGCAACGAGAAAUGCUCCAUCGAAGAAUUUGCAGUUUAUUUCCUGAAUUUUAUUCGAACUCAAACGGAAGAGUACGUAAAAGGAAAUGUCUCAACUUGUAAUACACCUCGCAAGCCCACAGAACUUGCGGUACGUACAAGUACACAAAAAACCUCAAUCAGCAAGCGAAUAUGUGAUAGUUUCGGAGAAGACAAUCUCAAUGCAUCGAUUCCGUUUUCGGAGAACUCACUAGAUCUACAAAACGAUGGCUUCAAACCAUUGAAAUUCUGUUCAACUCCUACACGCAGCAACUAUGUGCACAUGCAAAGUACGCCAUACCGGAACCAUAGCACCACCGAUGACUGUUCGUAUUCACGGUCAAUCACCAGUCAGAACAGUUUUGAUCGAUCAGCGAAUAGUACAUUUAGUCCAGCUCAUUUACACUCGUUGGAAAAGAGUUCGUAUCGACAAAAGCUGAACUCAUCGCCCAUAUGUCUGAGUGACUUUAUGUCUCCGGCAACGUCGAAAGUGAAGAAUCGUAAAAAUACUAGAGACAAAUCGGAGAAUAGUUCGAUUUUAUCGGACAAUGAUUUUCCGGCCAUUGGUAAGCGUACACCUAAGAGUAAUCAAAAAGCAUCAACGUCAUCGACCAGCGCGAUAGAGAGCCCCAAAGACUGUGUUACACCGAUAAGACCACGAAAGAGAGUUGCACCAAUAACAGUAAAAAGCACAGCACCGAAUAAUUUCGGUUCAAUAGCCUACCGAGCAGAGAACAAUCUGCUGGAAAUAAACAAUGACGAGACGAAAAUCUCAAGGGAUCUGCUGAAAAAUGUCGACGUUAUCGCAAAAGAAUUCGAAAAUGAAAAUCACGCCGACAGGGCCAUACAUUUUUAUGGUCAAUUGAAAAGACAGAAUGCCUCAUCAACAUCCAUUAAAAUUGAUUUGACGAAAGUAACCCAAGUGGAUGUACUGAAUCGCAUGAUUUCAAUCUACACAAUCAUCAUAGACUCGAAUUUAACAACGAAUUGUCUGACUGAAAUUUCAUUUUUACUGAAUCUACUGAAUGCAGAAUUUACCGAUGCCCAUCAACCACAACCGCAGUUGUCACUGUGCGAAGACUCGUCCAUAGAACCAUUGGAUGAACAGGCUGACGAACUGAUUGAACCACAUCUAAUUAAUCGACAAUGUUCGGUUGUGUGGUCUUCUUGGAUAUUCAAAAACAUUCACAAUUGUGUGUACUUCAGUGCUGGCGUAUUGAGUAAACAGAAACAUUUGCUAAUGCUGUUGGACAUAACGACAAUAAAAGUGCUUAUGGACAAUGAACGCUUGAUGGAGCAUGGUGAAUGCAUGAGGGAGUUUUUGACAAAUGUUUACGCGCACAAGUUACAAUUGGACUCAGUGAAAUGUUCGAAUCAUGAUGUGUCAUUUAAGCAGGGUGGCGGUCAUAAUGUAUUUUAUCAGGAGGAUGACGACACAAAAGAACAUUUCCCAUCAAUGCGUGAAUUUUCCGCAUUCAAGAAUCAACGAGAUGGAUUUUACAGCGUAUUGAGAAUUUGGGAAUCGAAUCAUUUUAAUCCGUCGUGGAAUUUUGUCGGUGAAUUGGGCCCGAAAAUAAAAUCUCUGCUUGGCAUUAUGCGACAUCCAAUUAAUAUGGCACAUUUGGCAAAGCUAUUUACAUCGCAGCUUAUACUGUCCAGUAAUUUUGAGGACACAUCAUCCGAUCUCCAACAGACCCUACAAAUCGAUUCAACCAAACUAUCCAAACUGCAACAACGUUUAAUCGCACCCAGCUAUUUCGCAACCGAUUACAUGUAUCCGGGAAGUCAAGCCUUCUUUCGGGAUUUUCUAAAAGUCGCCGAGACUGAAAUCACUUUCAUCGAGCAAUUGAAAAUCGUACUGGUCAACGAACUACUGGAACUGAAUGGAUCUUCGUAUGAGACAAUAAAUCUGUCGUCCGGCAGAAACAAAAUGACUCAAUUCGAUGAAUAUGUAGUUCGGCCGGAAACGGUUGCUAUAAUGAGAGUGCUGGCCAAAUUUCUGGGAUUAAUUUACGUGAAACCGUUCGCUUAUGAUGGAACGCGAAAUUUUGGUGUUGAUAGUCGGCAGAUAGAACAGAGAAACAUGACUUGUCCCAUAUUCGAUAUAAAAGGAGUGUUAAGUAAAUCCAUCAAAUCAAACAGGCUGAUUGUAACAAUUCCUUGGCUGGUGCAAUUUCUAUCAAUGUUGGACUACAUAACACUGAGAUUGAGUUACUUCGUCGACAUAUUUCAUAUGCUGUACGAUAUAUACAACAGAGCCACAGAGACCGAAUCGAACGAAGCAGAAAAUCGAAUGCGACCCACGUCAUUAUUUAUAAUCAGAACCUGUCUGGGAUGGUUAUUCGAGCAAUCAAACAUACCCGACGAUUAUCAUAAGUAUCGUCAAACACUGUCAAUAGCCAAAAAAGACGAUGGCAUGGCAAUCGUCCAAGUGUUAGUGCCCAAGUCGGUGUCCGACUAUUUUACCAACAGAAAAUUUAUGAUCACCAACCACCAAAUGAAUUCCUGUCUUGAUGCCAUGCAAUGUACAUUGGUCACUAUCGAAAAGCCGUCACAAUUCAAGCAAUCAAUCAAUUGUGGACAAUCUACGGAAAAGAGAAUUUUAGCCACGCUCGAUCCAAUGAUGGAAAACAUUUUGAAUGCGGCGUGCCCGUUUCUGAGAGAUUUUCGUGUGUCGAUAAUGCCAGCCAAGUAUUCGAAGACUGUUUCUCGCAGCGGCAAAUAUCGUCACAUUACGACCCAAAAAGCCAACGAAACGAAAACGUCGCGAGACACUCAUGAUCAGACAAAAUUGGCAGAGGCUUUUCUACAGUCACAAAGUCUAUCUGUGCGAAGAACAAUUGAAUUUGUUAUCGAACGGACCGUAUCGGCUGUGAUCAAAGAUUUUCAAAUCGAAAUUCUGGUUCCUAUGAAACGGGUGGUUAACGAAGGACUGACUUCCAUUAUCGAAACGGACAAACGAAAAGUGGCCAAUGAAAUGUUUGAACGGUUCACAAACGCACAACAACAACUGAAUAAGAAGUGGGACGAAUGUGUGCCGCAAAUGACAAGGGAGCGUGUGAAGAAAGCCUUCGACGCUCUCCUGCCGAACGAGACACUAUCAAUAGUGAAACAAACGUGCACAAAUCUAGCGGUCGAGAAAUGCAAGCUGAAAGCCAACGAAUGGAAAAAUAUGAAUUUGGUUGGAAUCGAGUUCUUCACAAAGGAUUUAUCGGGAGACGCCAACAAGCUAAUCAAAAACCGAACUGCAUUGGGAAAGCAACCAAAUGUGAUGAGCUUUGACCUUGGAUCCGUAAAAAAAUUCGCGUCCAAUUUACUCGGGCAAAUUCAGAUGGAGCUACAUUAUGCAUCCAUGCGACCCGAACGCUCCAAUUCAAUAAAUAUUCAAUUGGUCAUUGAAGAUAUUGCAGAGCUCCUAACAUGCGGAGUUUUACCAUCGCCCAUCUGCAAGACAAUCUGCUUUUCCACAUUACAUCUGGUAUUGUCUUUGGUGUACAGUCGUCCAGACCUGUUACAACCUGAAUUGUUAGACGCAUUUACGAGGCUUUGGGACUGCAGCCUAUUAGAAUAUUGGACAAAACCAAACGAUGAAACGGGUGGUACAGAUGGUGAUGAUUCCGAAGAACGAGACAGUCUGCCAAAUAUUUGUCCAACGAAAUCGCGGCACAUCUUUUCGAAUUUAAUAAGCCAUUGCCUGAUGCAUAGACUGAUUGGCUGUCCGUUCAACUCAUUCGAAGCAUUGGAGAGGUUGCUGGUGACUUUGAUAGAGAAGCAUUUUGUAACGAUUCCAUCGCUCAACGAACAAUUUGUUAGUCUUCUACGUGAGGAAUGGCCUGAGGAUUUGCUCAAAAGUAUGUCGUCUUUGGUAUCGAAAGUGGCGUCAAGGUCAGCCGAUAUGACUGUCGAUAAAGUUGAAUGUUUGUUCAUGGAAAUGCUGCAGGAUUUGUUUUAAAACGAACGGUUGCAGUGAUUUUACAUUAUUGUUUAUGUAAAAAGUUCAAUUGUUUUUUUAUCAAUAAAUCGAAUGUUGUGAAUUUUAAAA